GAGAUAGAUUCGUACUGGGUCCAGUUUGGGCCUUAGUAGAAAAGCCUAGUUUAGGAAGAGAAGGAGCCUAUGGAAUGUGUGGGGCCCAACUUAUCGGGCCGGUACUAGAGCGCUGCGACGAGGUUUAAAACAUAGGAUUGGGUCGAGUCCGGCCCAAUAAAAGUCAAAAGCCUAGUACCAAACUGCACUGCGGCAUUGGCGUAUUGCUUCUCCCAUUUUCUCGCAUCAGUUCAAUGGCGGGGAAAGGCGCCGAGGAAGAAGACGACUACAUGGGCGACCUCUCCCUCUUCCUCCCUCCCGACCUCUCCUCCUCCUCCUCCUCCUCCUCCUCCACGAGGAAACUCGGGUCCAAGGAGCGGCUCCUGCCGCAACAGGCGAAGCCGAAGAGGCCGAGGGGGCUGAGCUGGCAGGAGCAGCGGCGGCUCGAGCGCGAGCGGAGGCAGCGGGAGGAGGACGAGCGCACCGUGGCGGGGCUCGACGCGGCGAUCCCCGAGACCAACGUCGGGUUCAAGCUCCUGCGCCGGAUGGGGUUCAGCCCCGGCUCGGCGCUCGGGAAGGACGGGGCCGGCCGGGCCGAGCCGGUCGCGCUGGAGAUCCGGCGCUCGAGGGCCGGGAUCGGGGCGGCGUCGCCGGCGGAGGAGGCGGCGCGUCGGGGGAGGGAGGCGGCGGAGAGGACGCGGCGGAUGGAGGAGGAGAUGGCGGCGGAGUUCGGGUCGCGGCAGCGGAGGCAGUGGAGGACCCGCCGCGUCGUCGCGGAUUACAGGAAGGCGGAUGCGGCGCUCGCCCAAUUGGAGAAUAGGGAGAUCGUCGAGGAGCCGCUGCCGACGGAAGAUGCCGAUGCAAACAUGAAGGCGGAGGGCACGGCCGUGGCGGCGGCAGAGGAGGAGGAGGAGGAGGAGAAGGAAGAAGAAGAAGUGAUCACUGAAGAGGAUUUGCACGAGUUAUUGACCAAACUGAGAGAUGAACAUCGCUACUGCCUUUAUUGUGGAUGCCAGGUAAAUAGUGUGCUUCAAAGUGUCUAUAGCUUCGUUAGGAUUUUUUUCUUUUUUAUGAUUCUGUUUAUCUUUUUGGUAAGCAAGUUAAUAUGCGAUCAUUCAAUUUCCCAAUCUUACUACUGAGGUUUAAAUUUUUGAUUGCCAUAAAUAAAUUAUGCUGGGCCAAAAUUGGAGGCUUAUACUCUGCUAUAGGUGGGGGGGCUAUUACUGUUCAUCUUGCUGAAGGAAACCACCCUUCUCCUUUCUCUUUUGUUUUCUGUUUUUUGUAUUUCAGUAUGAGUCCGCAGAGGCACUGGCGACCAACUGUCCCGGAGUGAAUGAAGAUGACCACUGAACACUAGCUUUUUAAAGGCCUUUAAGCGGAUGCCUGCCUCUGCUACUAAAUGGGGCCAAUCUUCCAGGUAUUGGUUUGGCAUUUGUUCCUGCAACCUUUUGAGCAACGAAGAAUUGCAACAUAUGACAUCAGUAUCUAAUGACUUUGUAUAAGUUCCUUCUCGUGGUGUGCUGACAGCCCUUAAAGCGUAUUGCAAAUUCACAGAUCUGGCAUGCAGCAAUACUUAAUUCCGGUCGAUCAGAGCCAGGUAGGCUAAGUCGACUAAUAUAGAUAGCGGUGAUGGCUAUAGCAUUCAAAGAGGUGAACAAGUGGCUGAGUCUACGGUCGGAGCGCGUGUGCGAACACCCUUGUGGUGUGUUGUGAUGGAAACCGGGCAACAGUAUCAUCUCUUUUACGUUUUUGGCUCGGAGGGCCUUGAUGUAUUGUGGGAAGCUUACUUCUGGUCUCUAUUUUCGCUUGCUUUUCAGAUUACGCAUAAUAGUUCGGUUAUCUUUUGUUGGUACUUGAGCACCAUUUGUAUGCUAGGAUAGUGGAGUGCGCUUUCCAUUUCAUAUCAGUAAAGCCAUUUUUGGUGUUCACAAUUGCAUGACAACUAAA